AUGCGUGAAAUAUUAUCAAAUGAUGAUGGCUAUUCGGAACGUAUUCUACCUGGUACAUCAUCAUCAAAAUCAACAACACCUCCAUUGGAACCACAUGGUCGAAGUAAUAGUACCAUUAGUAUGCCAAAUGCUCCGCUAACACCUUUCAUUUCAACCGGUCGACAUCGUCUUCUACCGCAAACACCAGCAUAUCAUAUACGUCGUUCAUCAUCACCCAGAUUCCUUCCAACACCACCACUACCACCACCAUUAACAUCAGGAACUGUUACUGCUGUAUCCGAUUUUUCUCUCUAUAAACGAUCAACAACAUCCGGAAGACGUCUUCCACAAAUACCAAUUCAUAAAGAUUCCAAUCGAUUAAUUGCUGAUCAAAAAACGAGUACCUCAAUAAGACAACAAUAUUCAACUAAUGCUAAUAUUGAUGUUGAUAAUAACACUAAUACAACCGGUAAUAUUGGUGAUAAUGAAUGGCCAUCACCAACAAUUUUACAACGAAAAUUUUCCGAAUUACAAAAAAUUUCCCAAACUGAUAGCAAUUCAAUAUCAAAGUUAUUUAAAAAUUCUUCAUGUGGCACUUCGUUACGAUCAUUGCAACGAUUAUCAUUCCUAAAACAACAACAUCAACAACAUCACCAUUAUCAUCAUCAACAACAACAAGACGAAAAAUUAAAUCAUCCACAGUAUUCAUUAGAUCAUUCAAGUGGCACAUCAAUUAGUACAAAUGUUUUCUCACAAAGUUCAUCAUUAUCACCGUCCGUUGAACAGUUAACACAUAGUAACGAUGUUGAAGAACAUGAAACGCAUGGAAUCAAUUCAUCACUACAUGAACAAGGUGCUGCGACUUCAUAUAGUUCGGUACCAGAUAUCCCGAGGAAAUCAACGGUACGAACAAGCAGCUCAUGGCCCGAAAAUGAACCAAGGCCAACGGGUCUGGGCCUAAUACAUUGCUCAUUGCAGCAUUUCCCGAUUAGGAAACGUCUUCGAGUUUCGCUUCUGAAAGCAGAAGGAUUGGCAGGUAAGUUAAAGCCUGAAUUAGAGAUUCACGCGUUUUGCAAAAUAACGUUGUUACCGAGCGGAAAGUCACAGAAUUCAGUCGUAAAACGUGGACGUGAUGUUGCAUUUAAUCAGGAAUUUUUCUUUGACAAUAUAUUGGUGGAGGAUUUGAGUGAGAAGUGCCUGGCAAUAGCAGUUUAUCAUCAAUCACCACAAAAACUUCAAAAAGACGUUAUCAUUGGUGAUUUGUAUAUCUCAUUGAAGAAUUUAAGUGAAUUACGAUCUAAAAAAGAAGUAAAAAUUGUUGAAGAAUUAAAACAUCGCAUCAAUUCAAAGAAAUUAGGAAAAUUAUACAUAACGUCAUGUCUGGAAAAAAAGGCAAGUCGUUUAACGAUCAAUAUCAUCAAAGUAGAAGAUUUACCAAAAGGUGGCAUUACUGGAUCCCCUGAUGUAUGUGUUCGAGUAUGUUUAACGCAAAAUAACGUAACACAAACAAAACAAAGUCGCGUAAUCAAAGGGACGUGUAAUGCAACGUAUAAAGAAGCAAUUAUGUUUUUGGUGAAAACGAGAUCAGCAGAUCUUGAGGAUACGAGUAUCACUGUUUCCGUUCAUGAUUUAUCAAGGACAACCGCUGGUGACGAUUUGAUCGGUUCAGCAUAUCUCGGUAAAUUAGCAAUUGACAAAUCGGAACAUGAGCAAUGGAAGAAUACAAUAGAACAUAUCGGAAAAGAAUUUAAAGGUAUUCAUUAUCUAAAAGCACGUGUAGAAGCACCAAAUGUUCACGUAACGGAAGCAACAUCCGAUGCUGAGUGA